AACAAAAAAAGGAAAAAAAAAAAAGGAACCAUGCAAUAACAAAAGCAGCUCUGUAGAUCGAUGUCUUAAGUCUUGAUUUUUGGGUUUAAAGAAAGUUGGCACUAAUGUUCAGAUGAUCUGAAAGUUAUGAGGAGAAAUUUGGUCCUUGCUGUUGUCCUCAUUUUUCAAGUUGUUUUUCAGACUGAAGCCAUUACAGGAAUUGAAGGGAAUCCAGUCAAGAUAACAUGCUCCCAUUCUUAUGCCGACACCAACGUCAAAUAUUUCUGUAGGGACCCCUGCGAUAAUGCGGACGUCCUGAUAAAAAGCAACGGACACCAAACUGGGAAGUAUCGUAUAGAAGAUAAGGGGAACACAUUCGAUGUGACAAUAUCAAACCUGGAAAAGAAGGAUGCAGGAAUUUACUGGUGUGGUAUUGAGAGAGUUGGGGCUGACACAUAUAAUAAAGUGAUUCUCACUGUAGAGAAAAAGACUUUAGAGAACAACCCAGGGGUGUCACCAUCUAAGACAAUCAUGUAUGUGGGAAUAUGUCUUGCUGUAGCUGUGGUGGUUCUGGCGACUGUCCUUCUGUUUUUCUACAGAUACAGAAAAAGGAAUGGAAAGGAAAACAAUGGCACUGAAUAUGCAACACAUUUCAUGAUGAAGAAAGCACAAUAUGCCAACACCACUUCACCGGUCAGUGAGGAAGGAGGAGACUCUAAGACCCAGUCGAGUGACGUCUGUUAUUCCACAGUCAGCUUUAACAAAAACCCAACCUGCAGCUCCCUCCCGCCUCCAACUGAAUACACCACAUAUUCAUCUGUUAAACCCAAAUAGGCAACCUGCACCAUCUGAAAGGCUUAAAGUCAUCUGGACAAAUUUUCCUAUUUAACUUUAGAGCUCAUUAAAUUAAUCUCUGCACAUGUUUACAUUCUCCUUUUUUUGUAAUGUUUUUAAUUAGUGACAAACUGAGAAACCGACCCAAGGUCAGAAUGAAAAUUUUCAGCUCAGUUAACAUCUUAACGUUCACAGUUAUAAAAUAUUGUGUAUAAAGUCAUAUUAAAUAAAUUAGAGAAUUAAUUCAGUUGUGGCACAUUUGUCAGACUAAAAGUACAUUUCAAAUGAACAAGCUUUAAGAAUGUAUUAAACAUACAUUUCUGGAAUACAAAGAUAGUUUGUUGUCUUUUACUUCUGUUAUAUUGUGGUAUGAGACAUUUGACCAUCAUUAGUUGCUGUAAUACUGUUGGAGGUUACCCAGCAGAGCCCAGAUGGCAACAUCCACUUUUCACUCUCUGUUAAAGCGGGUUAAACAUGGUCCUAGGGUUUUUCUUUUUAAAUCCUUCGAAGGACAUGACUUGAAUGCUUCAAAAAACAGUCGCAAAUAUUGUUUUUGUGCACAAAUGUUGAUUUUGCAAGAUGUUACCCAGAAUAUGCAAUUUAAGGCUCUAUCAAACAUGGCUAGACUCUUCUGAAAAAAUGCUUAAGGACACAAAUAUGUUGCUGCAGGACCCACCAUGGCUA